CCCGACUUAGACGUCGGAUUGCAGGAUACGGAUAUCGUUAAGCCAAUUUUGCAAGACGAAGAAGGGGAAAGCUCUGGAUUGCAGCCCCUGUAACCAGCUUGACGGUUAACUAACCUGAACAUCAGCCAAUCAGCGCAGUUGUUCUGAGCUUGUUUUCCAGUCUUUCCAGGCACUCGGUUUGCGAUGCCGCGAACCCCGGGACAACCCAAACCGCAAUCCAAGAUGCGGUCCUUCACACCGCAAGGAGAUCCUCCACGGUCUACGCGACGGCCCUCGGUCAGCAGCGGCUCGCAACUCGCAACAACUGCCAACAGUGGAAUCCCAGUUCCGAACACAUCCCUUCGCGGAUCCAGGAUAGCUAGUUUUCGCAGCAGCACAACUACACAACCUUCCUACAACAUUCUCACAGGUGAAUCCAACUCAACAGCUUCACGGGCUACCAUGGCGCGCCCUGCCUCGCGACAGGGCCUUCUAGCCGGCCCUUCCCCGCCUCGUGGCCGCGCCGCCACCGUCGCCAGUAACUUUAGCCGCGAAAGCAGCAAGGAAAACCGCGCACCCCCGGACGCCGAAGAGUAUGAGACGCAGCGAAAGCGCAUUGAGGAGCUCAAGGCCGAGGUUGGCACGCUGCGCUACCAAAUCAACAGCCAUGAACAGGAGAAGGAACUGGCUCGUUUGCAGAUGGAAAACGAGUUGCGCGACGCCAAAAGGCGCGCCGAGGACGAUUUCAAAGCGAAACAGGCAGCAGAGGCUGAAAGAGCGCGGGUCGUGCGGCAGUGCGAGACGCUGCAGAGGGAAUUGGAAGAGCUGCGAGCCGAGAAAGAGACUCAGAAACGAGAGCUCGAAGCAAGGGCGAGAGAUGCACUAGAGGAAGCCAGGCUACUCCAGGAGCAGCUCGAGGAGCUGAGCGCGGCGAAGGAUGAAGCUGCACGUAUGGCCGAUCGCGAGAUUCUAGAUCUGAAAACAAAGCUUGCUGUCUCGCAGCGGAGUUGCCAAGAGUUAGAGGAAGAAAGCAGGACAAGGGAAGAAGUCCUGCAGAACACCCAGGCCUUGCUAUCAGAACGAGACGAAACAAUCGGAAGCCUAGAGUCGGAGGUGCUGCGCCUGAAGGCCCAAACUGGCGACGCAGAGACGGUUGCUGUUAUCCGGAGGGAGCUGUCCGACCAAGUUACUCACAUCCGUACCUUGGAAGCCAAGAACAGGGAGCAGUUUAUCGAGCUAAAACACUUGCGGCAGGUCCACAAGGCUACACAAGUGGUUGAGGAAGAGAAACGCUCACUCCAACGGAAACUGGAGGCUGCCGAAGCCAUGCAGAAUGAACUCGCCGAGGAGAGAAGGCAGCGACAAAGGUUAGAAGAUGAGAAACGGGCCUGGACGGCCUACUUACAGAACGAAGGGGGCACAGCCGGUGAUGUCGAGUUUGACUCGCCGGAAGAUAUGGCCAGGGCUUUGAUAGCGGAGCGGUUGAACUCGGCCUCUCUCGUCGAGCAACUGGGAGCUCUGCAGCCCGAGAUCGUGGAUCGCGACAACAUCAUCAGGACGCUGGAGAGCGAGAAGGCCAAUCUGCUCAACCAGAUCGACAAGUUGAGGACGUCAGGGGGCUCCGUUACAGGGAAUGACAAGGCUCGUGCGCGUCUUGACAGACAGCGUGCUCUCGCUGUAAAGGAAGUUGAAUAUCUCCGAGCCCAGCUCAAAACAUUCGAUAUGGAGGAUAUGACGGUGCAGCCCGAGACUGUCGACCAGCAAAAGAUCAAGCGCAUACAGGAGCUCGAAGACCUGGUCGACAAGUACAAGACUGAGGUGAGCGCAUUGCACGCAGACCUCACAUCCCUUGAGUCGGCAUCAACCAGCCCAGUCCAACCUGUUGUGGGCAGUAAACGGGCUCGCGAGGACGAUGAAGCCGAGCACGAGCAGCUUGGCCAGCUAGCCCGGAAGAAUCGAAAACUGCAAUCGGAUCUCUCGGAACUACAAACUGCACAUCGACUCCUUCAGAAGGAGCACGAAGUAGCCUCGGAACAGCUAGCAGCCGCCAAGGAACAGCUCAAGACGCGCAUCCUCUCCCUGCGGUCCAACCCGACCUCAAACCACGAAGCGACCAAGGCUGCCACGCUCGCGGCGCUCAAGCUCGAAAACGCCGAGCUCCUCGCGCACAUUCAGCGGCAGCCGACCCUGUUCGCCACGGUGCCCGCCUCGCAGCUGGCGGCCGCCCAGCGCGAGAUCGCCGACGCCAAGGCCGAGACGGCGUCGGCGCAAAAGUCGGCGCGGCGGCUCAAGGAGGUGUGGGCGGCCAAGUCGGCCGAGUUCAAGGAGGCCGUCUUCAGCACGCUGGGUUGGACCGUCACCUUCAUCCCUGGGGGCAAGAUGCGCGUCGAGAGCGUCUACUACCCGUCCCAGACGGACGAGCACGAGAACAGCAUCGUCUUUGACGGCGAACGGGGCACCAUGAAGGUUGGCGGGGGUCCCAGGAGCGCGUUUGCCAACAGGAUUGCGGAUAACAUAAAGUUUUGGGUGAGGGAGAAGGGUUGUGUGCCGUGCUUUUUGGCGGCGUUGACGUUGGAGUUUUAUGAGGAGCAUACGAGGACCAUCCGGCCGGGGUGAUGGCGUUUUCCCGGUUGUUCAGGACUUGCGUGGUCAGGUCAGGCAUAGGUUUGCCGUCUAGGGAAAUCGAUGUGUGCAAAGGAGUCUGGGAUUCGGGAGCCGGUAGCAUCAUCUGUUUCUUGAAAUGGAAUGGGGUAUAUUUUUGAUACGAUGUGCUUAGAGGUCUGCAUACGGCACAUGAACAAUGAGGGAUUUGCAUACAUACUCAUAAUAGACCUUCAAACUGCU